CGCUGAAGAGCGGGCGGCCGAGGCAGCGCGAGGCAGGGCGGCUCCGCCUGGUGUGGCUCGCCUUCAGCUCAGCAGGUCAAGAAGUAGAAGAAUGUGGAACAUCACUGUCAAGUCAGAACCUGCAGAAGGGCCAAGCCCUCAUGUUAAAACCGUAAACGACGAAGGCUCAAAAUCAAAUGAAUUGCCACGAACAGAGUCUAUAAAAAGGAUUAAACUUACAAAUGGAAUUGCAUGGUGGCUGGUAAUAUUACUUUCUUCACUGAAACCAGUUUAUGGGGGAGGAUACUACGUAAAUGUUGGACCUUGUGGUGGACAGGAUUGCUCGGUCUGUCGGUGCUUUCCUGAAAAAGGCUCAAGAGGUCAGCCUGGACAGCUGGGGCCCCAGGGUCCAAUUGGUGCUGUGGGUCCUGCAGGACCCAUUGGUUUUCCAGGAGAAAAAGGUCAGAGAGGUGAGAUGGGUCUUCCUGGGCCAGCUGGAGAAAGAGGCGAUAAGGGUCCUACUGGAGUUCCCGGAUUUUCAGGUUUAGAUGGUAUGCCUGGAUUACCAGGACCUGGAGGACUCAGAGGCAAACCUGGCUUCGAUGGAUGUAAUGGUUCAAAGGGGGAACCAGGAUUUCCUGGAGAGGCUGGUCAUAUUGGACCAAUAGGCUCAUUUGGUGUUCCUGGGCAAAAAGGAGAAAAAGGAUAUUCUAUAAAUGCUUCCAAGUUCAUUAAAGGGGCUUCUGGAGAAAGAGGGGAUCCUGGACGACAUGGAAUACCUGGACCUAGAGGAAGAAGGGGCCCAAGAGGCCCACCUGGAUAUCCAGGCCAACCAGGAUCACAGGGUGCUUCUGGUCAACCUGGUUUACCAGGUGAACAGGGAAAUCCAGGUGUUGGAGUAAAAGGACAAAAAGGAGAGCCGGGUGAUGUGGGACCUCCGGGAUCUCCCGGGCAGCCGUUAUUGGUUGGAACUCCAAGUUCUCGUCUACUAAAGGGAGAAAAGGGUGUAAAAGGAAUGCCUGGAUUGAUGGGCUCUAAAGGAUUGCCUGGCCCCAAAGGUGAACUUGGAAGUGGAAAGAAGGGUGAAAAGGGGAUUCUUGGCUUUCCUGGAAUACGGGGGAGUCCUGGUUCUUAUGGAUCAACAGGUUUUCCAGGAAACAAGGGUAAACCAGGAAUUUCUGGAUUUCCUGGACAAUCUGGCUUUCCAGGCAUAAAGGGGGACCUUGGAGAAAAGGGGCAGCCAGGUCCACCAGGGCCUCCAACACCACCACUUGUUGGAAUAAAAGGUAUUCAAGGAGAUCCUGGAGACCCUGGAUCUUGUGGAGAUGUUGGUGACAUUGGAUUGCCAGGUCCAACAGGCAUAGAUGGAAGGCCUGGGGAACCUGGAGCUAGUCUCCCAGGUUCCAAAGGUAGUUUGGGAAUACCAGGUCCUCAAGGCGCUCGUGGUGAACCUGGUCUCCCUGCUGUAUCUGAAACUGCUCCAGGAAGACCAGGAUCUCCGGGAUUACCAGGUUUAUCAGGACCACCAGGACGCCAGGGUUUGCCUGGGCCACCAGGUGUUGCUUGCAGUGGGAGAGGGUCCCCCGGACAACCAGGAGCUAAAGGCCAAAGGGGCCCAUCAGGGAAAGCAGGUGAAAAAGGAGCAAAAGGCAAUCCAGGCAAUUGUUCAUGUGGUCCUGGUCCCUGUGGACUACCAGGAAAACCAGGUCUACCUGGUAAUCCUGGAAGAAAAGGAGAAGUCGGGUCACCUGGAAAAUAUGGAGAAAAGGGUGACCCAGGUUUACCUGGUGCAGUUGGACAACCAGGUCUCUUAGGACUACCAGGUUCCUCUGGAUUCAGUGGAGAAAAGGGAGAUAAAGGUGAUGCAUUUAGAAUAAGAAUCAAAGGGAUAAAGGGACACAGAGGCUCUCAUGGUGACCCUGGACUUCCAGGCCAGAAUGGGGUGACUGGUGAGGAUGGGGAUCCAGGAGCUCCUGGUGAAAAAGGAUCUCAGGGUGAUGAUGGAAUUGCUGUAUCAGGUGAUAAGGGAUUUCCUGGCCCUCCAGGACUUCCUGGCCCAAGAGGGCCCACAGGACCAUCAGGAAUAGGAAUCCCAGGUCCACACGGUAUCCGUGGUCCACCGGGAGAUCCAGGAAGCCCUGGUAUAAGAGGAUCACCUGGCCCCAAAGGACAGAAAGGGGAUGCUCUUCGGCAGGCAACAGGAUAUCCUGGAAAUCCAGGCCCACCUGGUUCUCAAGGUUCUCCAGGUCCAAAAGGAUCAAGAGGAUCAUCUGGUCGACCUGGUCCUAAUGGUUUUGAUGGCCCAAAAGGCCAACCGGGCAAACCAGGAACAUUAGGAAGCCCUGGUCCAGAAGGUGUCAGGGGUGAGUCUGGUGACCCAGGUGAAGAAGGUAAAAGUGGUUCCAGGCUGGAUGGUGCCCCAGGAUUGCCAGGUCCUCCUGGGCCUAAAAGUCAGAAAGGUAUUCCAGGUGACACCAGUUAUGGUCCUCCAGGAAUUCCAGGCAACAGAGGCCUGCCAGGACUACCAGGUUUGCCUGGCAAAAGAGGGGACACAGGCCUUCCUGGGCUUCAAGGACAGCCUGGCACACCAGGAUUCCCAGGAGCUAAAGGACUUAGAGGAAGAAAAGGUUCUGCUGGAGCCCUCGGCUGUCCUGGCUCACCUGGGCUGACUUGUGACAAAGGCUUGCAGGGGCCACCAGGACCUCCAGGCUAUUUGGGAUCACCAGGACUUCCAGGUUUAAAAGGCUACAAAGGCUCACAAGGAGAUAUGGGACCACCCGGCCCAGCUGGAAUGAAAGGCACCCCAGGAGUUCCUGGAAUACCAGGGCCACCUGGCCUUCCAGGCUUAAGAGGAAAUAUAGGCCUUCCAGGGGAUGAUGAAUUGCAGGGCCUCCCAGGCCAAAAAGGGAGCAAAGGACCCCAAGGUAUGCAAGGUUUCCCAGGACUUCCGGGAAAUCAAGGAGAGAAGGGAGUUCCCGGUGUAAAAGGUGAACCAGGACAAACAGGCCCACAUGGCCCUCCUGGGGAAUGUGGAUUUAUGGGCUCCAAAGGUGAAAGAGGACUUCCAGGUGAAGAUGGCUGUAUCAUUAUAUUGGCUGAGAAAGGACAAAACGGAGAGCCAGGUCUUCCUGGUGAAGAAGGUUUACUUGGGAUACAGGGUGACAAAGGCAGCCCUGGAUUUAAAGGCAGCCCAGGACUGCCAGGCAGAAGUGCACUUCUGCAGAAAGGUGAACCUGGUGAUGAUGGGGAGAUUGGUUUCCAAGGGCUGCCAGGCCCACCUGGGGUUCCAGGAUUGAGAGGAAUCACUGGUUUUCAAGGACAGCAGGGGGAGCAGGGUGCACAAGGAUUACCGGGUGCUCUAGGAACACCAGGACUUGAUGGAGCAAAAGGACCUAAAGGUAGUAGAGGUGAACCAGCUGUUCACAGCGGCCAGCCUGGUAAGAAAGGUCCUCCAGGAAAUCCAGGAUUGCCAGGACUCAAUGGAUUACCAGGUGUUCAAGGAGUACCAGGGAUUCAAGGGGAAACAGGAAGACAGGGACCCAAAGGAUUACCUGGAUACCCAGGAACUCCUGGCUUCCCAGGAACUCAGGGAGCUGCAGGACUGUCAGGACCUCCAGGUGAUGAAGGUAGUCCUGGUCUUUUGGGACCUCCAGGUUUUGCAGGAUUACCUGGAUCCCCAGGUAGAAAAGGCCCUCCGGGAUUGCCUGGAAUAGAUGGCUUGAAUGGACUACAGGGUCAGAAAGGCUUACCAGGACCUCCAGGUUUAAGUGAAGUGGGGCCUCCGGGGUGCGUUGGAGAGCCUGGAUCAAAAGGCAAUAGAGGAGAACCUGGACUGCCAGGAAUUUCCCUUCCAGGACCCCCAGGAGAUGUGGGCUUGUUAGGGCCACCUGGCAAGCCAGGGGCUUCUGGGCCUGCAGGACCUAUUGGACAACCUUGUGAAAAUGCACUUCCUGGGCUUCCAGGUGACCAAGGCCCUGCUGGUUUGGAUGGCAUCAGAGGCCUUCCUGGUCAGACUGGACCCCCGGGAAAGACUAUUUUUGUUAAAGGAGAUCCAGGUGACUCUGGGAUCCCUGGCCUACCUGGGGUUCCUGGUCCACCUGGGAAUCCAGGAAAAAAAGGCAUUCAAGGAAAACAAGGGAGAGGAGGCUCAAAAGGUCCGGUGGGGAACCCUGGACCACGGGGGCCUCCUGGUGCCCAUGGGGAGCCUGGUGAUCAAGGCUUUCAAGGACCAACUGGACCUUUGGGUCCCAAAGGUGACCCAGGUGAACCUGGAAAACUUGAUUACUCCUUAUGUCCCAAGACUCCAGGGCCUCCCGGAGUAUUAGGCCAAAGAGGUUCACCAGGCUCCAUAGGAAUUCCUGGGCCGCCAGGUUUUCCUGGUCCCCAAGGAAGAAAAGGAGAAGAAGGGUUGUUAGGGCUGCUGGGCCAAAAUGGCUUGCCUGGGCCACCUGGACCUCUUGGUGAUCCAGGUGACAAGGGAGAAAAAGGAUACCCAGGGCUUCGAGGUCCUCCAGGCCAGACUGGGAUGCCAGGGCCACCAGGGCCUGAAACAACCACUGCUAGUGGAUUCUUGCUUGUUCUGCACAGUCAAACAGACCAAGAACCACUGUGUCCGGAGGGAAUGCCAAAAUUAUGGACUGGGUACAGCCUGCUGUAUCUUGAAGGACAGGAGAAGGCCCAUAAUCAAGACCUUGGUCUGGCUGGAUCUUGUCUUCCUGUAUUCAGCACCAUGCCUUUUGCCUAUUGCAAUGUUAAUCAGGUCUGCUACUACGCAAGUAGAAAUGAUAAAUCUUACUGGUUGUCAAGUGCCGCUCCUUUACCCAUGAUGCCCAUCUCUGAUGAAGAAAUAGAGCCCUACAUUAGCAGGUGUGCUGUAUGUGAAGCUCCUGCCCAAGCUGUAGCUAUCCAUAGUCAGGAUCAAUCCAUUCCUCUCUGUCCGCUGAACUGGAGAAGUCUUUGGAUAGGCUACUCAUUUUUAAUGCACACUGGAUCUGGUGACCAGGGAGGUGGACAAUCUCUCAUGUCAACUGGAAGCUGCCUUGAAGAUUUCAGAUCAGCACCCUUUAUUGAGUGCCAGGGUCAGCGAGGAACAUGUCAUUUUUUUGCAAAUGAAUACAGUUUCUGGUUGAUGACAGUAAAGCCAGAGUGGCAGUUUGCAUCACCUCCUCUCUCAGGGACACUGAAAAAUGAGCAAGAACAACGCAGGCAUAUAGGCAGGUGCCAGGUCUGCAUGAAACAUGGAUAAAGAAAAUCUGUAUGUUUACACAAAAUAACUCCAAUGGGAAGACACCAGUAACUUGCACUCUAGCUGUAAAUGGUGCUAAUUUGGGGGUUUCAUUUGAAUAUAGUACAACACUUUUCAAGACUUCAGCCACAGCCACAUUUGCACUGCAAGAUUAAGCCAUUUUCAAACAGUAGGAUCUCCCACAUGUCUUCACUGCAGAUAUACUUUUAGAGAUGUAUCUCCACUAGCUGAAAACCUUUGGAAAAUGUAUCAUUUUUAAGAAUUCUGUCUCCUAUCUGCAUCAUCAUAAGUAUCAGGGAGUGGCUGACUUGAUAGGUGGGGUUUCUGCUCUUGACUGCUUUGUUCUUUGUUCACUUCUGCACUGAACAAAGCACCACAUUAACACUUAUUUUUCAUCUCCAGUUAAUAUUUAACUUGGAGCAGGAAACUAUCAGAGAGCUUUGAUUGUCAUCAGUUACAAACCCAGCCAAAAUUUCUGUUGUUCACAUGCUUUCAGUAGAUACAGUCCCAACUCCAGUACAUAGAUGGCAAAGUGUAUCAGCUUCAAAAGUUGUUGGAAGGGUUAUGCCCAGUAGUCCAUUUCUGAUGGCCACAACUGGUGUUUGGCUUGUUUAGAAGAAAGCCAUCCUCUAUAGUCUGUUCUGCUAAACAAUUAGAAGCAUGAAAAGGUCACCAGAAGAAGGCUUUCUGGAAAUAAUAUCCUAAAUUCUAAGAUCUAUAGUGCAAAGUGAACAGAUAAAAUUACUGACAAACCUAUAAAUAUCCCCUUAGAGGAAAACAAUCACUCCCGUGCUUGUGACCUCCCUUCCAAGUUAAAUCAUAGAAACUUCCAUUUUCCUAAAUUGAACUUUCACCAUCUGCCGAUUUUAUUGUAUGCAGAUGAUGCUAUAUUAUUAUCUUGCACGAGAGUAGGAUUGAACUGUAUACUCUGUGCCAUGGCAAUUUUUUUGGUCAGGACAAUCAGCUGGUAUUAACUAUAGUAAAUCAAAGGUCUUAAUUUUUCGGAAAGCAAGUAUUCACAGAAAGUCAGCCUUAGAUAAUAAAAGGACAUUUGAUAGAGCAAGUGUGUUCAUUUUGUAACAAUGGAUUCUACUUUACAGCUUCCAAUACUUGGUCUACCAAUCUUAAUUAAGAUUUGAAAGGAACAAAAGUUCAUUUGGCUGCUAUCAUGAGGUUCUUUUUUCAGUCUGGGUGUCAAUUUGUUCCAAUAGUAUUGGAGAUCUACUGAGCAAAUAUUUUUCUCCUUUUUUACUCUAUGGAGUUCUUGUUUGGAUUUCAGCAGCUCUGGCUACAUUAGAGUCCGUGCAGAGUUCCUUUUUGCGUUUUUUUUUUGCAUGCCCCUAAAUGCAUUUCAAAUUACAAUUUAUUGUUGGAAUCGGGUCACAGCCAAAUUUCUCUUUUGACCUGAGCAGCUGAAGUAAAAUUUAAAUUCUUUUUGCUAGAUUGUGAAUAGAGAUGGGUACAAACCAGGAAAAUACUGAACGUUCAUGAACCACCACAAAUUUGCCCCGGUUUGCGAACCAGUUUUUUUGGUUCGUGAAAACGUCACUUCCAGGGCAGUAGAAGGUCUGCAGAACAGGGGUGUGUGCUUCCAGUUUCCCCCUUUCAAACACUGGCUGCUUUAUAGCUGCUGGGAGGGGCAUCCCCCAUCAGCUGAAAAAAGCUGCCAGCGUUUGAAAGCAACCACACUUUUCUUGUGCAGUAAGAAAAGUGCUGCUGCUUUCCAACACCCGCUACUCUUCUUUUCCUUGGGAGCUAAAGCAAGGUAAGGGUCAUAAGGCUGCUUCUCCAUUGGCUUCCUUCCUCCUGGGUAUGCAAGCACUAUCUUAUUUUUUUCCCCCAAAGCCAGGAAUGAUUCCUAAUGUUGCUGCUUAUUCCCUGCUGGCUUUAAAAGCCAGGAAAGGGUUAAACGGCUGCUUUUCCCCUUCCUUCUUUGGGGUAUGCACACACUCUUUAUUUCCAAAGGCAAGAAGGGGUUGUAAUGUUGUAAUACUGUAACACAGUAACAUUGUAAUGUUACUGCAUAUUCCUCCUGGCUUUAAAAGCCAAGAAAGGAUUAAAUGGCUGCUUUCCCCUUCCUUCCAGGCAUCUUUCUGGCUUUGCCAAAGAGAAAAAAAACCCAAGCAUUUUGCACAGCCCUUUGGAAACAGGGAAGCUGCUGGGAGGGGAUGAAGCAGCAGCAUUUUAACCCUUUCCUGUCUUGGCUUUAAAAAAAUGAGAGUGGAACAAGCACAAAAAGUACAUAUUUUCCUCCAGAACAGCACCAAUUGCCUCUCCAGUGGGCAGGGGACAGCCCAAUCAACAAAUACAGGAGGGGAAGGGUUCCAACAUUGCAACAUUACUAUGCUUGCUCAAAGUUUUUUUAAGAAGUGUGACAUAAAUUGCAAAGCCCUGAAAGCCUGAAACUGCACCAAGGCUUCACGCAAGGAAAGUGUUGCUGCUUUCAAAUGCUGGCAGCUUUUUUCAGCUGAUGGGCGAUCCCCCUCCCAUCAGCUGAAAAGCAGCAGGGUGCACACCUCUACUGCAGAAACCCCAUCCUCAGUUGCUUAGGAAACGGAUUGAUCAGCGCCAGGCUGUCUGCAGCGAUGAACUAAAAAAUGAACCAAACGAACCAGCCUAAAGUUCACCACAGUUUGUCAGAAAUGGGCUCUCACGAACCACCAGUUUGUGAACCACGAACCAACGUGGUUCAUGAUGAACUUUGGUUCGUAUUUUGGUUCGUGUCCAUCUCUAAUUGUGAGUCUUUACUUGAACAUUUAAAAGGACUCAGAUUAACCUCCAUAAAUCAUCUUGGGAUUAGUUAACGGAGGAGAAGUUGUCAAGUUUAACAUUUAAUUUGUCUUUUCCUUCUCUUGAUAUUUUAAGUGUUAGGAGACAUUGUUCUUUCUUGGGGGUGGGGCAUCUCAGCCCCUCUAUUUCUUGUUUUGCUGAGUUAUUUUACUUUCUUAAUAAUCUCUAUUUUUCAUCAACUUCUUUUCUUAGCUAGAGUAAAUGCUUUACCACUUACAGAAUUGUUAGGUCACUGGGAGGGUAUUAACUCUCACCAGCGACUCUUCCCUUGUGGUAGAGCUGUAACUGAAACUUGACCUCAUUUUGUAUUUAGUUGUGGUUUGUAUUCAUCUAGAAAAGAUACAUUUAUACUCCCCUUAUUGAGUAGGUUUCCUCACUAUUCAUAUGAUUUUCAUCUGUUAUAUCUUUUGGCUGGUAAAAAUAGGCAUGUCACCUUGUCUUUGAUAAAGUUUGUAUUUUGUGCCUUUAGAAUUAGGCAGGCACACAUUAAAAAUAUCACUGGGGUUAAGCAUUAGUGGGCUGUCAAUUUUACUUAUUUCACCAAGGUGCCCUUGGACACAUAGGUGUUCUGAUUUAGGAACAGGAACUCCAGUGCUUGAGGUAUGCAUAGCAACACAGGAAAUAGACAAUGAACAUGUAGAGAUGGAAGCUGAUUUGCAAGUGAAAUCUAAAAACAACUGUAUUUUACCAGACAAAAAGAUAAAAAGCAGAGAUUACUACAACGGGAACCCAAAGUUCAUCCAGCAGAUCCAAAGGCAGGGGAAAGAGGAUUGCUCUGUUUACAAAGAACAGUUGCUACAAAUGAUUCAAGCAAUUGGAGGGGAAGCAAUUAAACAGUUGACUCGUAUGACAGAACAGUAUUAAAGAUUUUGACUGCAUGAGAUAAAGAGGGUAUAGCGAUAAUGCUAUUACCAGGAAUGCUAUCCAUUACGGAAGAAGCACAGCAAAAAAUCCCCACCAUCAGGUAGCAAAAGGAUUUUUUAAAAAUUAAGUGGCGAAGUUCAAACUCUUUUGCACUGGGAGCUUCUCAAGGACAUCAGAAGCUAUUUCAACUUUCAUCUAAUGUCUGAGGCCAACAUGAUAUAUAGUCUAGCAUGGAAAUGAUCUUCUACAGCCUUAUUCCUGAAGACUGGCAAUUGUUGAACUUUAGUGGUCAUAGCAAUAUUGCUAUUAUACACUCCAGAUCCCCCUCCCUUCUGUUUUAAAUCAGUUUCAGUACUUUGUCCCUUCAUUCCACCUAUGCAUAGCACUAGAGAUAUUUGUAAUGAGCAUUGCAAAGGAGUAAAAUCAAUACAGGAUGUAUCCCUGAUGGGUUGGAUGGGGGUGGUUAUUACAGUUUUUCAACAGUCCCACUGUUUCCUUUAUUACUCUACAGACUGAGUUGCUAUUGAACUCAAGAGCAUCGUCUUUGAGAGAAGUGAGAAAUAAGGGGUGUAGCCUCUCCUAUCUAGUCAGCUUAUAGCAAUUUAGCUUUGGAGGAUAGAGGUGAGGCCAUGCCAUUGAUAGAAACUUAAACUGUCCGGAUGUUUUCAGCUGGUGCAGGCAGAAUACCUGGAAGUGGGACAUCACAAAAAACACUUGGGAAAUAGCACUUACAAUAACUGCAGCCCUGUUUUCUUUGAGAAUUCUUUGCUGAAGUUUCCUACUCCUUUUUAUAUAGGUAUAAUUUGAAGGACAGUACAAGUUUGAAACUGAUUUGAAUUUAUAGUGCGGCUUUGUUCAACUUCUAGGGAAAUUAUAGAGUUUUAUUCUAGCUUUAGCCUCCAUCUAUCUUGUGCACACAUAAAGAGUAUUGUAUUGUAAUUCAGUAUAAUUCUGUAGUAAAAAGCCAAAUUGCAGAACAGCACAUUCAUUUAUGUGUUAGGAUAAACAUCAGUCUUAGGAGUGGUAUAAUGUAAUUUAAAAGUUUCUUUUAAACUUGCAUAUUAAACGAUUUAAACAUGUUAAAAGUUAAGAACACCAUACCAUUCCUUUAAUAAUUUUAAGUUCAUAUAUCCUAACUUCACCUAAGAAAAUGAAAAUGGAAAAACAAUGUAAGAGAAAGGGAACAAUUUUUUAAAUUUUUUAUUCCAAAAAUGGUAUUCUCAAUCUCUGUUCGAAGUCCUACCAACAUCCUUGCAAAUUAGCAAUGCUUUGUCCCACUGCAAUUAGCCACUGUAGGCAUUGUGGUGGGCUGUUUUAAUCACACCUACUUUCUCCAUGGCUAUGAAAUGAAGCAGCUUGCACCAUGUUGCAUCAUGUCCAAUAGGAUAUGAACAAACCCAGGUGCAAAUCGGAACCCUUGGACAAUCACCAUAGCAUUCCGCUGGGUUAUUUAUUUUAGAUAUUUCAUAUCCUGCUUUUCUCCACAAUAUGGAUCUCCAGCUGCUUAAAUGGUAAUAUUAAAUGCUGUGGGCAAAAAACCCACUCUCCAAAAUCGCAUUUUGAGACUAAUCAUAGACACAGUGAAUUUAACUGGCACCUUUGCCUGAACAAGGCUAGAAUGGAUUGUUUACCUAUUCUGUUAAAUGAAAAGCAGGAAAUUAGCUUUCUAUAAUGCUGUAUAUAGACUUGAUUCCUAUAGCAAUGUAAGAAUAUAUAUUCCUUUUUUACCUUUUAUUUUUAAGUUAUGCAUUUUUGCACCCAUAGGUGCUCUUUGCUCAUAUGGUACUGUUGGUGUUGAACGGUAUCAGUCUGUUGUGUAUUGAAUGGAUACUUAUAAGCACUGGGGAAGGGGUGGUGCAGAGGAAACACAUCUUUUUCGUAUACACAUACGAUGUUUAUGAAGUAAUCAAGUGCUAUUUUCAACAGUAUCCCUGAAAACAAUGCAUUAGUAUACUUCAGUACAGUUUCUCAUUGAACUAUAUUUAAAUCAAGUAGCACCCUAAAGACCAACAAUAUUUCCAAGGAUUUGAGAGUCACAGCUUCCUUCAUCAUAAGCAGGAAUGGAGAUCCAUGAGCCCUUAUAUCCCUGGGAUAUAAGUGCUUAGGGAUCUCUCCAUUCCUACUUGUAUCUGUCAAAGGGAGCUUUAACUCUCAGAAGCUUAUACCUGGGAAUCUUCUUAGUCUUUGAGGUGCUACUGGACUUGAAUCUUGCUCUUCAGCUGUAGACCAACACAGCUACCCAUCUAAAACUAUCUUUACUUAAUUGUAUUUCAGGUCUAGGCCUGUGACAUACUGUUCCAGUAAGCAGACAUUAACUACCGUAAUGGGAGAAUAUUAUUGUAAUAAUGGGUGCAACAUUCCAAGCAUUCAGGAGCCACUGUCCCCAUAAAAAUUAGUGUAGUAAAUGGAUUGCUGAUAAAGCACUUCCAUGUUCUCUAACAUGUAUAUAGCCUGAUGGCCUCCUUAUGCUCCCAUACAGUGCCAUCAUAAGCAGAGUUACACUCUUCUAAAUCUAUUGAAGUAAGUGGGCUUAGAACAGUGUAAGUCUUCUCAGUUCCUGCUAUGAAUUAGCAUAUUCCUGCUAUGCUGUUAUCCAUGGAUCCAUUAUGCCUUGGCUACUGCUCCAGUUGGCUUCUUCUUUGAAAGAAGCCAUUCAGAAAGUGGCUGAUAAUAAGAAUUGAGUUUAUUUUGUUGUUCUGCCUUCUCUGUUUUUUUAACAUCAACUACUGCUAUUACUGGACUGUUAAUCAUUUUUAUGUUGUUUUAAGGAUGUUUUAGUAUUAUUAUAGCAUUUAUUUACAUCUUUAAAUUGUUUUGUGGCUGCUAAUACUUUGUCAACUGCUGCUACUAGCUUUUUAAAUCAGUUACUAUUUAACUACUUAAUUUUUUUUUGCUGGUGGUUUUAAUUUGUUAUUGUUUUAAUAUUACCUAAAGUUUAUAAGCUAUCAGUUUGGCUGAGCAUUCAAGAUAAAAUCGCUUAAAUAAAAUGUCUAAUAAAGUAUUUUGUAUAAAAAAGCAUUCCUAUAUAUAUAA